AUGAAGCUCUACCUGAAGAAGCGAAGCGGCAAGUUCCUCGACGCGUGCGAGGUCGCUGACGAGUGCACAGUAGAGGACUUCAAGCAACACUUUUACAGAAAAUAUCACUACUACCCGGAGAGGCAGUGGUGGACAGUUGGGCAACCACAGGGCCCUGCUUUACGUGGGGAAGGACUCUUGACCAAUUUCGGGGUUCAUGAUGGCGAUACUUUGUUCUUCAAAGAUCUCGGCGUGCAGAUAUCGUGGCGGCUCGUUUUUGUGCUGGAAUAUUUGGGCCCCCUAUUGAUAUUUCCUGCCCUCUACUUCUUCCCUUCAAUAUUCUAUGGAGAAAAUAAUGCACCCUCCAAGUGUCUUACACAGACUGUUGCUCUGUGGCUCUGCGUUGGCCAUUUCAUCAAGAGAGAACUCGAGACAUUGUUCGUGCAUCGGUUCAGCAACAGCACCAUGCCGAUAGUCCGUGUCCCACUGAACUGUGGUCACUACUGGCUCCUUUGUGGCGUCAGUAUUGGCUACUUUCUUUUCCAUCCGAAGUAUCAGGCCCCGUUCGAGGGCGACUGGCAAUUCAUGAUUUACAUUCUCACCGCUCUCUUCGUGGUCUUUGAAGCGCUUAAUUUCAAGACACAUCUGAUCCUCCGGAACCUGCGCUCUCGUGGUACUCGGCAGCGUGGCAUUCCCUACGGCGCGGGUUUCGACCUCGUGAGCUGCGCAAAUUACUAUUGGGAGACUCUGACCUGGCUUGUCUUCGCGGUCCUUGUUUCCUGCUUUACUGCUUGGCUCUUCCUCGUUGUGGCAUUCGGCCAAAUGGCGGAGUGGGCACUGAAGAAGCACCGAAAUUAUCUGAAGGAGUUCAAGGAAUACCCUAAGAACCGCAAGGCUAUUAUACCAUUUCUUCUCUAA